UCCAUGAUGCACCUAUGACGCGACAUGAGCUGGGCUUCCAAACCGUAGCUCUGACCACCCAGUUAAGCCAAAACAUAUAUAGAUGUACUUGGUAGCUGCAAAACGAGAGGGGAGAGAGAAAAAGAAAAAGAACCCCAAUUUCCAAUCCGCCAGAUCGAACUGCGCCAAAGUCGCCCACCAUGUCCACAUCGAGGGCCAUCACCCUUCGGAGGCUCGCCGUCGCAAGACCGCGACCAUCGGCCUUUGCUCCCCUUAUAUCACGACGCUUUUACGCUCAGGACAAAGAAAACCUCGGUGGUCCCGGAGGACAGGAUCCUCCACCCAAGACUCCUCCGGGCGUCCUGCAAGACAGGAACUUUGUCAUGACAGUUGCCGGCGCAGCCGUCGUGAUCGCGACACUGCUAUACGUCACCGCCAAGCCGCGCAGGGCAUCUGAUCAAGAGAUCGAGAAGAAGGUGGCGUCCAUGGGAGAGAAGGCCAAGGAGAAACUACGGGACGUCAGGCUAGACGAGCUGAGUGGUCGGGCGAAUAAGACUCCGGCGGAAAGAGGGCUUGGGGCCUACCGGACGGAUUGAUGGAGGAGAACACUGAACACAUGGAGAAUCGACCGAAUCGGAAUGGGAUAUAUGGAUGGGCUCAGGGGAAUGGAGGAAGACUACACAAAAAAAAAAACAGCAUGGGUAAGAAGAG